GUCCUUGAUUACAUGGAGAAUAGACAAGACACCACUGGCAAGUAGGGGGGCCAAGGGGCCAUUGCCACUGCUUCACCCCGAAUGGUUUCAGGUCUUCCAACCACCGACCAAGAACUGUCAACCACUUUUAAAGAUCCCUUUGUUUUUAUGUUCUAUAAACAGACUAUGGUUCAAACAAACAAGGAAGGACUAUGUUAUUUUCCAUUCCAAAACUGCACCAGGCCCUCCAGAACACUCAGCCCCAUACUUGAGGCAGCUGUGUUAAUUGCGUGCAAUGCACUCUGGGGGGCUCUGACGUGUUCCAGCAGUCCGGACUUCACUGUCUCUGGCGGGAGUUUAUUUGUUUGUUUAUUUAGACCAGCAGCAUCCACCUACGAGGCUCUGCUUUAAUCCACGCCGCAUUUUGCUCCACACCUUCCAGCGUGUUGCCCGACGUCACCUUCCCUCCCCCUCCCCUUAGCAACAGAGGCAACAUGGCGGCGUCCAGCAACGCAGAGCAUUCUCCGGAGAUAUCGAGGCCGUUGAAGAUACCGAAAACCGAGGUGCCAUCCCCUGAGUCGGAGGAUUUGAGUGACAGUAAUCAAUACCACUCUAAUCCCUCCACGCCUAACCGCUUUUCGCCUUUGAACGUGGGCUCAGGGACCGCGGGCCGGACGGCGGCCUCCUCCUCCUCCAACAGCUUCACGGCGUGCCGGGGGAUGUCGUGGACCCCGUCCGAGACUAACGCCCUGAUAGCGGUGUGGGGCAACGAGAGACUGACGGAGGCGAGGAUGCAGCAGCUGGAGGUGGCCGGCACCGUGUUCUCCGGUAAGGCCCCCGGUCCCGCCAUGUACGAGCGGGUGUCCAGAGCUCUGUCGGAACUGGGCUACGAGAGGACCCCGUCCCAGUGCCGGGAGAGGAUGAAGACGCUGCGGCGCUGCUACAGCCGUGUGAAGGAGCAUGGAAUCGGCAAAAGGAAGAGCAGCUACACUAUAGAACAGCUGGAGAAGGUGUUCGGUCAGGGAGGCUGGGACUCCCAGAGCUGUGCCCCAGUGCUGAUCAACAGCAGCGGCCUGUAUCAGGAGAUGGAGUCUGAUGGCAGCACCCUGGAAGACUUCUCCCAGGAGGACUGGUGCAACCAGGUGCUGGACUCUGCUUUCCAGGAGGGAGACAUGGAGACUGAAGAAAUCCAGGUGCCUAAAAACAGAGCUCUACAGAUUCAAGCAGAGCUGUCAGAACAAACCCAAAAAAGGGACAUGAUGCAGACUGUGAUACGUAUCCUUGAGUCGGUGCAGCUGAAAUGGGAGCACUUCCAGACGUGGACCGAGUUCUCACGGCUGCACCUCUCCAACAAGCUGGCCAUCUUCGGGGUGGGGUACAACACGCGCUGGCGCGAGGAUGUGCGUUACCACUACGCCGAAAUCAGCUCGCAGGUGCCACUGGGCAAGAGGCUUCGUGAGUACUUUAACCCGGAGAAGCCCGAGGGCCGAAUCAUCAUGACCAAAGUUCAGAAGAUGAACUGGAAGAAUGUUUACUACAAGUUCCUGGACAUAACCAUCAGCGAGGCACGCUGCCUGGAGCUGCACAUGGAGGUGGACUGGAUCCCUGUCUCCCAGUCCAGAGCAGCAGGCUGCAGCACAGGCACAUCCCACUACCUCCUUCCUGGGGACAUCCCCAAGGCGUAUGGACUCUAUGCUAUUGGCUAUGAGGUGGCGUCGUCAGCUCAGACCUCCCCCCAGAGUGAUAGUCAAGACCAUAGCUUACCUCAGUGCGAGUCAGAAAACGGGGAACAAAGUGAUGAAGCAGCAGGGAAGAGUGACAGGACUGGGGCCAAAGUCACUUACUGCUUCCUAGGCAUAGCUGAGGAUAGGACCAUACAGCAGUGUCUCUUCCAGCACUUUCAGGGUUCUAGCAAGCACUACGUCCACAGUGAACCCUCCGCCGUGACACGUUUCCUGCAGGAGAACUGCCGCGGUGGCAUCACAUGUGAGGAUGGCGAUGGAAGCGAAGGCUCGUCUCAACGUUUGGCCAUUUACAUGAAAUUCAUUGAGGUGGAGCUGGACUUCCUCUCAGCAGGCUCCCUGGUGGAGUGCCUCGAAACUGCCGUCGGUUACCCCCUGAAAUACAACAACAAAGAAACAUGCUAACUACUACUCAGUGUUUUGGACGUGUAAUGACUGAAGAUAUAAUAAGCAAGUGUUACAGCCAGCAAAGCAACAUGAAAGGUGACCAAUUCUGUCUGUUAUGAAGCAUGGAUGUGUGCAAAAACCUUUUCAGCUCUCUUGAACAGAUUUAUGAUUAGAUCACUUAAACUAAAAAGAAUGAGGAUGCACAAUAUGGCAAAUGUCUUGUUUAGAAAUAUAAUAUGGGAACAGUAUUACAGAGCUGCAACAUCCAAGAAGUAUAUACUUAUUAUUUUAGUCUAAUGUGCACUACAAAGGUUCUGCUGCUUGUUUAGUGUAGAUAAAUAUUGCCUCAUCAGGGAGUGUGGGGGUUGGCAAGGUGACUACUGCAGUAUGCAUUUGUCUACCUCAGUAGGAUGUAGCAAACAAGGCAGCAAGGGGACCAUAGCGUGUAUUUAUUCAAAAACUGCCUUUAUUUUGACUGUUGGGGUCUGGACCUGAAUUCACAAAGCAUUGAAACGGCUGAUUUAUGCCUUAUGUUUUGCACGUGUCACUGGGCUGCAGCUAGGGAUGCAUCAGUGCAAUUAGGGACCUCGCCAGUGCUAUGCUAAUGGUACUUACUAAUGUGGACACCUGUUUAUACGGCAGUAUGAACACUCAGUUAUGUGUUAGGCUCUCGUGCUGACACCAUUGGAUGGAUAAUGAUAGCUCUGAUGCACAUUCAAAUGCUUGACAAGGUUGGCGAUAGUCAGAGUUUUUCCUCCUGCACAAGUUAAACCUGUUGUUCACUAACUGAACUUAAUGUAGUAUUUGCUAGAUACUCUGAAAUACUGCCACACCAGUAAGGACAUUCUUUAUCUUCUUGAUUGUUUUUUGUGCCAUGGUAUCAGCCAAAAUGAAAAUGUUCUGAUAUUAUACUGUAGUGUAAAUAUACAGUAAGCCAAUGUGUAUUGGUGGCCAGUAGUUCGGAGCAUCUCUAGCUGCAGCUGUGGAGUUGUGGUAGAUGGAUAAGUUACCAGCACCUCCUACAAACUGGUAUUUGAAACAGACCAGUCUUGCAGAUAACAUGCGAUCACACCAGUGGUUGUGAUAAUCUGCUUGCUAACAGGUAUAAACCAGACCUAAGAGCACUGAUCUGGGAAUUCUAGUCAGGUUACGACUAUAAGCUGCAAAUGUUAACUCAUCCAUAGACCA